CAUACCUUUUCUCUGAAAACUUCAUCCCAAGUCAGCAAACGUCCUGUUGUUUUCUUGUCCUCCCAAUGUCUGUCUGUUGAUCGUCAUCUAAACCUCUGUGAUUCUCCCAUCCUCAUCAAUGAUGGCAGAAAGAUUUUCAGAAAUGGCUGAGCUUAUCGAUGUGUAUUGGCUUGAAAUCACUGGCAAAAUUAGUAUCCAAAUGUUGUCCCCGGUAACACUGUACGUGGCUUGCUUCGUGUUCAAAUCAGCAACAAGAGCUCAUCUGUUUAAAUGCCAGCCCGCAGAGGUCACGGUGGGACUUGCUGGGAGUGAAAUUGAUAUAGGUAGUGUUCUUUUCGAUGCAGACAGGGGACAGAGGCGGCAAUACCGAUUCGUAAGAAGGCUAACCAGUUAACCACAGCCGGAUUUUGGUGGUUUGCAGCCAUCUGUACCCGGUGGAUAAAGUGAUGGCCGAUACCCGAACGAGACAGCAGAUGGGUGGCUGGAGAUUGAAUUGGGUGAGUUCUUUAACAAGAAAAGCGGAGAUGGAGAGGUGGAGAUGAGAGUUGUGCAUUUGAAAGGCGGCCACUGGAAAGGUGAUCUCUUUGUUCAAGGGAUAGAGUAGGCCAAAAGGAGCUUAAAAAAGUAAGCCAGCAAUCGCAAUUUGAAGGUUGGAGCAGAGACUAAUUGCUCCAGGAAAAGUUUGAGAUUGCUUAAAAAGAAUAAAAAAAUCGGAAAGUUCUAAUCUUGCUUGAUAGAGUGAGAAGUGAAAAUUUCCGGUGAUAUUAUAUAUCCAAAUAAAGCAUCAUUCUCUUCA